AGCCCGAAAUAAAUCAGGCAGCACCUACAGAGAGACGACCUCUUCAAGGCCACAGCCGCGGCCACCACCACCUGGCCCCGUCUCUCCCUUCUCUUGCAGGCCAUACACAGACGUCGCUGCUCCGGAUGGCCAACGCGAAGGGCUCGUCCGCCGGCGCCGCCGGCGCAGGCCACGCCGACCUCGGCAGGGCCAUUUCACACGAGCAACACCAGGCGUUCAUGAUGGCUUCCGUGCACCGGGCCGCCCCGGGGGCCGCGAACGUGCACCAGCAGCACUUCCACCAGUACCCCGCCGGCCUGAUCCGGGCGCCGGUGCCAAUGCCGGUUCAUGUACCGGUGUCACAGACCCCGUACUCCGCCCAGAUCGCGGUGCCGCCGCCGCAGCCGCUCAUCCCACCGCCAGACCACCGCCUGCACUCCCUGCCGCCUACCGGAUGUUACCAGGAUUAUUCUCCAUAUGGCAACACAGCAUCUUUGCAGCACACAGCAGCAAGGGGUUUUGCAGACUGGGGAGUGCACAACAAUGCAAUUGUGUCCUUGGCUCAUGCCACUAGUUUUGCCAACGGGAGCAACAAUAUCAACAGCAAUGGAUUAUUACAUCAAAAUUUAUCCCCGUAUACCACCCAUACAUGGACUACUACUUACGUGCAGAGGCCUUACAACACUGCUUAUGCUCCUGCAACAAUGAAUAUGCUCCAAACUCCUUCCUUUCACAGCAACAACCAUGAAAAAGAGUCAGGUGCAGUUUUUUCAAAUAGCUUUAACAUGGGCCCAUCAGGGACACCUACCUCCCCUUUUCAACUUACGUCUCCAAGCUCAACCAACUACACUUCCACUCAAAUCUUUGAGGAAACCAACAACUUAGAGGACACUUCAAGAGUCUUUGGAGGUGGGGAUAAUGAAAGCAACAACAGUGAGGAACCAGAUCCCACUCCGGCUGUGGAGAUGGAAGACCUAAACCAGGGCAAUGGGCAUAUUAGUUUUACAAAUAAAAAAGUCAACUGUCAAGAUUACCGUAUGGUCUUGCGCAAGGACUUGACAAACAGUGAUGUUGGAAACAUUGGAAGAAUUGUGCUGCCAAAGAAAGAUGCAGAGCCUAACCUUCCAAUCUUGGAAGAUAAGGAUGGCCUGAUACUGGAAAUGGACGACUUUGAGCUCCCAGCUGUAUGGAAGUUUAAGUACAGGUACUGGCCUAAUAAUAAGAGUAGGAUGUAUAUCUUGGAAACUACUGGUGAAUUUGUUAAGAGGCAUGGACUUCAAGCUAAGGACAUCCUCAUCAUUUACAGGAACAAGAGAUCUGGCAGAUAUGUUGCCCGCGCGGUGAAGGCUGAGCACAUACCAGCGCCAGGAUGUGAGUGCAUUAAGGCAGGCAAUCCCAGAGAAGAGUGCGGCUUCUCCGUCAGUCCUUCGGUCAAGAAGAUUAUCACGUAGAUGGUUGGUGGCUUCGUACCUGAAUCUGAGCGUCAGAAGAAGAAAAAAAACAUCAGAAAUGUAUGGUGUAGGCUGUUGCCGUGCAGGAGCACACCGGGAAUCGCCGCUUGAUGAACCUGGAGCCAAGGAAACCGUUGUGAUCGAGGUUGUAUCAUCGAAACUGAAUUCCCGCUGAACCUGCCUAGGCCUGUACUGUACUGUGUUUCCCUUGUUGUUGGCAACUAUAGCUUGAGAUAAAUGAAUUUGCUUUGUACCUGUACAUAUUUCGUGUUUGGAUAAUUCGGUGAGAAACAAUUGAGCCAUGGGCGUUGUGCCGUCUUUUGAAUAAUUCUGAUUCCCAUGGCGGCAUAGACA